UAUAACCUACAAAUUUUAACAAAAAACUGAAAAAGUGGUAAUGAAUUUAUCUAGGUAAACACUUUUAGUUAAAGAUUAAUUAAAAGUGCGUCUGUUUUGCAGAAACGUUAAUAACCUUUAUACAAAAUGGGUAAAAAUAAAGACAAGAAGCGGAGAAAACGUUAUGAAACUUCCAGUUCAGAUUCAGAUGAUGUAGAUAGUGCAGAAGAGGCUAGAUUAAGGGACAUUAAAGAACGAGACGAGUUUGCAGAGCGACUUAAAAAACGAGAUGAAGAAAAAGUCAGGAAAAUUGUUCAAGCUUCAGAUAAACGAGCCUAUGAAGAAGCUGCAAAAAGACUCAAAUUGGAAAUACAGGACAAGGAGAAGAUGGUACCAAAGCUUCGAAUUGAAUCACGUCGAAAAUAUUUAGAAAAACGAAAAGAAGAUAAAGUAGUAGAACUGGAAGCAGAUAUUGUUGAUGAUGAAUAUUUAUUUGAAGAAGAAAUAUUGACUGAACGUGAGAAAAAAGAUCGUGAACACAAGAAAAAAUUAUUGAAAUUAGCUAAGGAACAUGAACAAGCCAGAGAACUUGAACAAGUUCAACGUUAUCAUAUGCCUAGAGAUUUAGGAAAAGGUGCUUCUUCUGAUUAUGUGGAGGUUGAUGACCUAGAAAAGGUUCCCCAUUCUGAACAGAAAAAAUGGGAACAGGAACAAAUGGCCUCUGCACAAUUUAGUUUUGGAGCCAAAGAUGUUUCAAAGAAAGAUGAAUAUGAGUUAUUAUUAGAAGAUCAAAUUGAAUUCAUUCAAGCUUUACAAAUGCCUGGUUCAAAAGAUAAGGAAGAAAAGAAGCCAGAAUUGACAGAAUUACAGAAGAAGAAGCUUGAUAUUCAGGAAACCAAGAUUAGUUUACCAGUGUAUCCAUUUAGAGAUGAUAUAAUUCAAGCAGUUAAGGAUCAUCAAGUUUUAAUUAUUGAAGGAGAGACAGGAUCUGGAAAAACAACUCAAAUACCUCAGUACUUACAUGAAGCUGGAUUUACAGAAAAUGGUCAAAAAAUUGGCUGCACGCAACCUCGUCGUGUAGCCGCAAUGUCGGUAGCGGCAAGAGUAGCUCAAGAGAUGGGGGUAAAAUUAGGAAACGAAGUUGGUUACAGUAUUCGUUUUGAAGACUGUACUUCAGAACGGACUGUAAUUAAAUAUAUGACAGACGGCACACUGCACAGGGAAUUUUUGUCUGAACCGGACCUUCAAUCUUAUAAUGUUAUGAUAAUUGAUGAAGCUCAUGAACGUACCCUUCAUACGGAUAUUCUUUUUGGUUUAGUCAAAGAUAUCGCUCGAUUUCGACCAGAUUUAAAGUUAUUAAUAUCCAGUGCUACUUUGGAUGCACAAAAAUUUUCAGAAUUUUUUGACGACGCUCCUAUAUUCAGAAUACCAGGACGAAGAUUUCCGGUUGAUAUCUACUACACAAAAGCACCUGAAGCUGAUUACGUUGACGCCUGUGUAGUAUCUGUAUUACAGAUUCACGCAACUCAACCCCUUGGUGAUAUUCUUGUAUUCUUAACAGGUCAGGAUGAGAUAGAGACAUGCCAAGAACUUCUACAGGACCGUGUUCGUCGUUUAGGUUCAAAACUUAGGGAACUUUUAAUUUUACCAGUUUACGCGAAUUUACCAAGUGACAUGCAAGCCAAAAUAUUUAUGCCUACACCUCCAGGAGCCCGUAAGGUUGUACUGGCCACAAAUAUCGCUGAAACAUCCCUAACUAUCGACAAUAUAAUUUAUGUAAUCGAUCCCGGAUUUGCAAAACAGAAUCAUUUUAAUUCACGAACAGGUAUGGAAAGUUUAAUGGUUGUUCCUAUUUCUAAAGCAUCUGCCAAUCAGAGAGCUGGUAGAGCCGGAAGAGUCGCACCAGGAAAAUGCUUCCGUCUUUAUACCGCUUGGUCUUACAAGCAUGAGCUAGAAGAUAAUACGAUUCCUGAAAUACAGAGGAUAAAUUUGGGCAAUGCAGUAUUAAUGUUAAAAGCAUUGGGGAUCAACGAUUUAGUUCAUUUUGACUUUUUAGACCCUCCUCCUCAUGAAACGUUAGUAUUGGCUCUAGAACAACUGUAUGCAUUGGGUGCUUUGAAUCAUCAUGGAGAACUAACGAAACUUGGUCGAAGAAUGGCCGAGUUUCCAGUAGAUCCAAUGAUGGCCAAAAUGUUACUCGCAUCCGAAAAAUACCAGUGCUCGGAGGAAGUAGUCACAAUUGGCGCAAUGCUCUCUGUUAACGGUGCUAUAUUUUAUCGCCCAAAAGAUAAAAUUAUUCAUGCAGAUACAGCAAGAAAGAAUUUUAAUCAUAUCCACGGUGAUCACUUAAGUCUAUUAAACGUCUAUAAUCAGUGGAGAGAUACUGAUUAUUCUACCCAGUGGUGCUAUGAAAAUUUUAUUCAGUAUAGAUCAAUGAAAAGGGCAAGGGAUGUCCGUGAACAGUUGGUUGGUCUUAUGCAAAGAGUUGAAAUCGAAAUGGUUUCAAAUCCACUAGAAAGUGCAAAUAUACGAAAAGCCAUUACUGCUGGGUAUUUUUAUCAUAUUGCGCGAUUUUCCAAGGGAGGUUCUUAUAAAACGGUGAAACAUAAUCAGGUACGCUGUUUUUCAUACACACUAGACGUUCAAUAG